UUAUAUGACAGUUACCUUCAUGCUUACUUGUUUCCUUCUAUGAAUGACAUUGUUUACUUGUUAUUUGACAGGUAUGCAACGAGACAACAGCUCUAGAUACAUUUGCUUUGCUAACUGAGGAUGAUGAUAUGGAUUUGUUAGAAGAGGAAGAGCUCAUGUAUCAUAUGCUAGAAGAUGUUUAUGGAGUUACAAAUCUUCCUCCUCUUCCUCGACAAAUGCUCAGAACAAACAGAGGUGGAGGUUGGCGCCGUGUUCAGCGCUUCAUGUUUGAGAGUGACAAGCAAUGUUUUGAAAUCCUUAGGAUGAAUCAAGGUACUUUUAAGAAUCUGUGCUUUAGGCUUCGACAAUACUACAAACUUGAAGAAUCACAAAACGUCUAUCAUGAAGAGAGUGUGGCAAUGUUUGUUGAAAUGGUUGCACAAGAUUUAACAGUUCGAGCUUUAGCUGAGAGAUAUCAACGUUCAGUAGAUACGGUGGAUAGAAAACUAGAUCAAGUUCUCUCUGUUUUGUUAAAGCUUGCUGCAGACAUCAUUAAGCCAUCAAGAGGAGAGUUUACUACUCCAAGUCAUGUUCUAGUAAACAAUGACAGGUACAUGCCGUUUUUUGAAGAUUGCAUUGGUGCUUUGGACGGAACUCACUUACCUGUUCGUCCUCCGUCUGAUAAUCCGGAACCGUACAGAGGCAGGAAAGGAGAACCGACAAUCAAUGUACUCGCAAUAUGCAAUCUGAAAAUGCGAUUCAUCUACGCAUACGUGGGAGUUCCUGGUAGAGCUCAUGACACGAAAGUUCUUACACAUUGUGCGACACAUGAACCCUUCUUCCCUCAUCCACCAGAUGGUAAGUACUAUCUAGUUGAUUCCGGUUAUCCAACUAGAACCGGUUAUCUAGGUCCGCAUCGUAGAACUAGGUAUCAUCUUGACCAGUUUGCUAGGGGAGGACCACCAACAAACUCUAGAGAACUGUUUAACCGGAGGCAUGCUAGUUUACGUUCUGUGAUUGAAAGAACAUUUGGUGUUUGGAAAGCGAAGUGGAGGAUUUUAGAUAGAAAACAUCCGAAGUAUGAUGUUAUAAAGUGGGUGAAGAUUGUGACAGCAACUAUGGCACUUCACAAUUUUAUUCGAGAUUCAUCUGAUGAAGACCGUGAUUUCACUUAUUGGGAAACAGUAAAUGAGUAUGAACAUCAUGGUGACCAAGCAGUAGAAGAGCUUGAGCAUACUCCAUACCUUCCAUCUGGUGAUAGAGCAAUGGAGAUUCGACGUGAUGCAAUCACUGAAAACAUGAAUUUUGAGUUUAAUGUUUAUUAUUGUUACUUUAUAAUGUUAUAAAACAUGAAAAAUUGAAUUUGAUAUUUAUU